AUGAAGUAUUUCGACCAUGAUUCGUCGACCUUCGUAACCUCCCUCCAACAACAACAGCAGCAACAGCAGCAGCAGCAGCAGCACGGACACUACAGUUCCUCGCUCGAAUCGACGGCCACUGCAUCCACCGCAUCGGCCUGGUCUGCUGUCUCUUCGCAGUCUUCUACCGACACCUCCCCUUCUACAACCUCUUCCGACUCGGAGCCAUGCGACUCGUAUCCGACCUCGCGUCCCUACGCUCCGUGCGACCAACAAACGACUCGGUUUACAAACUCGUGGCGCGAGCAAACCGCUUGCCCGGUUCCUGUGCCCGUGCCUGCGCCCGUUCCUGCGCCUGUCCCUGCGCCUGUCCCGGCCGAGCUGCGCCAAAAUCCUAGGCGGUCCAACCUGAGUGCUGCCCGGUGCCCUCCCACCCUCACGCGUCACUGCGAUCGAAAGGUCAACUUCGUCGGUAGCCUAGUCGAUUCGUCCACGCAAAUCGUCGAAGCUAUCUGGCCCUUGUCCUCUGUUGUCUGCCGAAAUGAGAUUGGAAGCAAGCCCGUCCUCCCGCUUCGGACCUUCAUCCAGGAGACGCUGCGGCGCUCGCGAACGAGCUACUCGACUCUGCAGGUUGCUCUGUAUUAUUUAAUUCUCAUUAAACCUCAUGUCCCCAAACAUGAUUUCACCAUGGAACAGCCAGACGAUAGGCAUGAGUGCCGCGCCCUCCAGUGCGGCCGCCGUAUGUUCCUUGCCGCUCUCAUCCUCGCCUCCAAGUAUCUUCAAGACCGGAACUACUCGUCCCGAGCCUGGAGCAAGAUUUCCGGCCUUCCCAUCCAGGAAAUCAACCAAAACGAACUCGCUUUCCUCCUUGCCGUCAACUGGGAGAUGCACAUCACCGACGACGUCUUUCAGCGCUGGACAGACAUUGUUUUGAAGUACACGCCUCCGUCGCCUCCCUCGCCUGGCGCGUCGUCCGCCUUGUACACCCAGCAGUGCGCGAAUUGGAAGAACGUCAUCCUUAUACUCAACCCCCGGCUCGACAACAUCGAUGCGCUGAACGCGGGGCCCCCUGCCCGGUCGCGGUCCCAGGAGCUGCCAGCUCUGUCACCGCACAGCCUUUUGUCUACCCGGCCGGAUAUUCAUGGUUCGCUCCGGACGUACAGCGGUACCGCAGAGGUGGCGUCAACGCCCGACAAGUCCUACUUCGCGCCCAGCACCAUGGAGCCCAUGCCUUCCACUGUCUAUCCUCCCGGGAGGCAUGUCCCGGCUCUCGGGCUCCUUCCCACUCCCCGUCUGACGCCUCAGUCUACUGGGUGCAGCAGUCCUGCUGCGAAUGCUGCACCCCACCUUGUCGGAAAAGGCUCCGCUAUGGGCCUUGCCAUGGCGCAGGCGUCGAGUGUCAGUGCCACUCAGGCCUUGGACCGCUGGCCUGGGCCCAUGGUCUCGUCGCCCCAAGGUCCUGUCCUUGUCCGUCGUUCGUCUCUCGCGGCUUCGGUUUCUACGGCGUCUUCUCCGGAGUCCAUGGUCUCCGAUUCCUCGGGGACCUCGCGGUCGUCCUCCAUCUCGUCCGCUUCGUCGCUGGCUAGCGCGCAGGCCCACAUGCUGGGUGUCUCGGCGCGAUACCGGUGUGCCAAGCUGGGUGGUGAGAGGCUCAACGUGAGGUCCAACACCAUCACAUCGGUCCCGGAGGACUACGAAGAGCGCUGCAUCACGUCGUCUCCCGAAACCUACGCGGGGCCGGUUGGUAAACUCGGAGACUUGUCACUCCUAACCCCCUUGGGGAGGCGCGAACGCGAGUUGGAAGACAUGGGGUGCGACGCCGCGAGCGAUGCGGCCCGGGCCCUACAGGCUCUCCAGAGCUACCAUUACGCCGCGAACACCACGCCGACGGCAGCCAUGCCUCGCAAGCGGAGUCGGGAGUCACUCGAGACCUCCACGUCGCUACAGGACAAUGUGCGCCAGACUUUGGCGCAGCCCCAGUCGGCGUGGCCGGAGACCCUCGUCCGGUCUCGGGCCAACUUCGCUCCAUCCCUGCGGGGCGAGCGUGGGUCGGCGAGGAAGCGCGUUUGCUGUUCUGCAGAAUCAGCGGAUGCAUUUCGGGCCAGCGGUUUCCACCACCCCGCAUUUGCCGGGCAUCGAGGUCCCGGCAUGUGGGAAGGAAUCCUGAACUAG